AUGGUACAGAUUGUUGCUCAUGGCUUGGUGUUUGUUACCUGUGACACAGUUUCUGGUCACGUAAUUGGCUUAGACCUCAGCUGCAAUGGCCUUCAAGGUAUGAUUCAUCCCAACAGUACACUUUUUCAUCUUUCUCAUCUCCAAACACUCAACCUUGCUCAUAAUAGAUUAUUCCCAACUCAACUUUCAUCCCAAUUUGGUGCUUUUGUCAAUCUUACACACCUCGACUUGUCUGAUACCAAGAUUCAAGGUGAAGUUUCUUCCUAUAUCUCACACCUUUCUAAAUUGGUGUCACUUGAUCUCUCCAUGAAUGACGAUUUAAAGUGGAUACAAGAAGUCACUUUGAAGAGGCUGCUGCAAAAUGCAACAUCUUUGACAGAGCUUGUUUUUGACCAUACAAACAUGUCUUUCAUUGCGCCAAGCUCAUUUUUUUCAUUUCUUAAUCUAUCUUCUUUGGUUGCUAUUAGUCUUAAAGGAAUUGGUUUAAGUGGAAACAUGAUGUCAAAUGAAAACACUCUUUGUUUGCCAAAACUUCAAGAGCUAUAUAUGUCAGCUAACUUCGACCUUCGAGGUCAACUUCCAAAGUUGAGUUGCAGCAUUUCCCUUACUGUAUUGGAUAUUUCACAAUGUCAAUUCCAAGGGUCAAUCCUACAGUUUUUCUCUAACCUCACACAACUUACCUUCUUGAGUCUCUCAGGAAACAAUGUAGGAGGCGAGCUACCUCCAUCAUGGCUUACAAGCCUUAAACAACUCACUCUCAUGGAUUUUUCAGGGAAUAAACUCAUCGGUCGAAUUCCGGAUGUGUUUGGUGGCCUAACCAAAUUGAAAACUCUCAAUUUUAAGAAUAACUGCUUAGAAGGACAAAUCCCAUCUUCACUCUUUCACUUAACAUCGCUUUCUUAUUUGGAUUGUUCGUCUAAUAAGUUAGAAGGUUACCUACCUAAUAAAAUAACAGUCCUUUCAAACCUGACAGCAUUAUGGCUCAAUAACAACACACUGAAAGGGACAAUUCCUUCUUGGUCUUUGUCUUUGCCAUAUUUGGUAGAUUUAGAUCUAUCAAAUAAUCAGUUUACAGGGCACAUAAUUUCCCUAGCUUAA